CCCACUGCUAUCUCUCGGUAUACGUAGAGGAAGAGGGGCAUAUAAAUACCUUACCUACCUGCCACUUGGUUACCGUCUCCCGUUCUCUCAGACUUACCUUCCCUAGACCAUAUACUUUGAUACCCUUAUUUGAGCACCUCCUCACAUACAUUCAACCCCAAUCCCAACUUCCGUAAACUUUUGGAUUUUCUCCCAGCUCAACCUAGAAAACCACCGUCAAAAUGGCUCCCAAGAUCGCCAUCGUCUACUACUCCAUGUACGGCCACAUCAAGCAGCUGGCCGAAGCCGAGAAGGCUGGUAUUGAGAAGGCCGGUGGCAAGGUCGACCUGUUCCAGAUUGAGGAGACGCUCCCGCAGGAUGUCCUCACCAAGAUGGGGGCUCCCGCAAAGCCCACUGACGUCACUGUCCUCAGCGAUCCCGCAACUCUUGAGGAAUACGAUGCCUUCCUCUUUGGCAUUCCCACCCGUUACGGAAACUUCCCGGGGCAAUGGAAGGCCUUCCUGGACAAGACCGGUAAGCAGUGGGCUACGGGUGGCUUCUACGGCAAGUACGCCGGCAUCUUCAUUUCCACCGCCUCGCAGGGUGGCGGUCAAGAGUCGACGGCUAUCGCUGCCAUGUCGACAUUUGCCCACCACGGCAUCAUCUACGUCCCCCUGGGAUACACCAAGUGCUUCGGCAUCCAGACCGACCUGAGCGAGGCUCGCGGAGGAUCCCCAUGGGGAGCUGGCACUUUUGCAGGCGGCGACGGAUCGAGGCAGCCCUCUGAGAAGGAGCUCGAGCUCGCCAGGAUCCAGGGCGAGGAGUUCUACAACCACGUGUCCAAGGCUUUCAAGUGACUGCAUGGCAGUAAAUCGGAGGCUGGGGCACCCGCAGAAAAGGCAGAGCCAGCAAAGGAGCAGAAGGCGGAAGGUCAGAACGGGGCUGGCAACGCAGCCAACGGCUCUGGCGGUAACGUCCCUGCAAAGAAGGACUCGGAGGGAGAGGAUGGUGGUCCUUGCGGCCUGCCCAGCAAGUGUAAUAUCCUGUAGCUUGCUGUCUGCGAUGCAAUAAAGGAUAGUAAUGACCAGCAUGAAAGUAAUACUGUGUUCAAGAGCAUGGCUCUUUUGCAAGAAUCGGCAGUCUUUUUGUAAGCUUCCGCUUCCAAAAGCCAUGCUGGAUUUGGUAGCAGAGUGGAUAUCAAAAUACAAAAUCUGUAAUGCCGCCAUGCAAUGUCGCCAACUGGAUCUUACGAAUUGGAUUCCUAUCAAGAGAGCCAAGCCAUUACAUUGUAGGUUUAUACAGGCGUAGCGUGUGGAAACGGAUUCAGAGAGAGAAAAAAACAAUUCAUACUACAAUUACGUUCCAUCCAAAGUGGUUUCACAUUGGAGACUUGACUUUGCGUGCAUCGAAACGACGGCACACAACCGGUUGCCACGACAGCGGAUUCAAUAACAAGGCGCUAGCCAACUAUUUUGCUCGGUUGAGAAUAAUUGAAUGCGGCAUACCAAAACGCCGAGAGCAGCACCUUGCUCUGGAACCAUGAUACUUGCAGUAAGGCAAGCAAGGUAAGCUUGGUAGCGUUUUAGUUGCGAGCACGUGCAAGAAUGAGUCGGUUUGAAUGGGCUGUCAACAGGUUGAGUGCUCUCAAUGCAAAAAAAGAGAAUAUGAGACGAAGGAAAAAUUUAGAGGCAGAACAAAAAAAGAAAGACACAAAGAACACAAAGAAGGGAAGAAGAAGAUAUGCAAAAGAAGCACCUUGCAUUCAUCCGAACGAUGUGUUGCUAAUAUUGUCAGCAGAUGAAAAAGCUCCUUCGUACUUGGUCCAAGGCUUACCCCUGUCGUUGAAGACAGAAAAUACCGUAAACACAAAGACAUGGGAUCAUCCUGCAGAAAAUAGAAAUCAGAACACACACUGUCCGACAGAGUUGUUGCGGGGAGCCAAGGCAAAUGGGGGCGAACCUGCACAGUACCGUAAGG